UAACCCCCGCCGAACUCGGUGUAACAGAGCUGCAUCAGUAACUGCUUUCCCAGGUUAGCGAAUGAUAAACUGUAAAUAAGGAAUUGUCCCCGCCCCCGACAUCCUUCAGCACCAUAGCCGGCCUCUUUUCUAAAAACGCGCUGCGGCAGCGCCAGUGAGUGAGUGUGUGAAGUAGUUCCCUAGUGAGAAUUUCCAACAUGUCUGCGCCCAGAGAAGAGGCAUGAAGUCUCCCAACUUGCUUUCACCAGGCCCUUUCUGCUGCGUUCGUACCUUGUACUUCAAGCUCGAUUUUUCUUGGUGAAGAAGAUCAAAUGCUUUGGAGGCAGAAACUUGAAAAGGGCAAGUUGUAGAAGGCCUUGAACCAUUUGGAAAAGUUCUGCCGGACAGCACUUCACAGACACAAUGGGUACAAAACAUGCCUGCAACCUUGAGAAAACUUCAGCAAAUGGCUAUUUAUCUGGGAAUUGUAGCUGGCGGGGGAAGUGCUCUUAUGUAUUACUACACACAAAAGAGCUUUGCCAGGACCCAGUACUAUCAGCAGGCUCUUGAGCAGCUUCAUAAGGACUUUACAGCCUUGGAGGCCCUUGGCGCUCCUCCUCUUAAAGUACAUUUCAUCAGAUUGACAGACAAGAGCAAUCGUAUUGAUAUGUCAAGAGCUCAGUUAAAGAUACCAGUAUCUGGAAGAAAGUCAGCUGGGUAUCUUCAGGUUGAUUCUGAAAAAGAUUUCUCCCACAACAGCUGGCAACUACAGGAAGUCACAUUACAACUCCAAGAUGGCCAAAUUGUCCCCGUGUACAUUUCAUCAAUGAAGAAUUCUACUGGACAAGAGGUGUAAAAUUCAGAGAAGUGCUACUUGAAUAGCUUUCCAGUCAAUGAAGAGUCUACUGGCUGCUAUUUUAACGGACUGCUUCUCUCUUUCACCCCCUUCAUUUUUUACAUCAAUUUAGAAAGACAGUAUGUGGGAUGGUAAAGACCAGAAGCUGCUGAAGUAUUUUCAGAGUAUUUGCUGCUUUCACCCCUUUAAAUAUUGUAUGGGGCAGAAGUGGCUGUUUUAUUUAACUGGAGUGAAGUGGAAUAUUGUACCCUACCUUUUCUCCAAAGCAGCUGAACGGCAGCUCACUGAUGAUUUGCUAGCAAUCCCCCUUUCAGCCCUUACUGGAAGGGCAGAGCUACUUGGCUUCUAUAGCAGUGUUCCCUCUAACAGGGAUUCCCAGAUGUUGACUACAACUCCCAGAAUCCCUAACUGCAAAGGUUUUUGCUUGGGGAUUAUGGAAGUUGUAGUCAGCAACAUCUGGGAAUCCCUGUUAGAGGGAACAUUGUUCUAUAGUAGAACUGCAUGUGCCUACAGAGAGUAUUUGGGGCUGAACUAGAUAGACUGAGUGGUCAGCAUACUUCAAAUUAAGGAAGAUUGGAGACUGUUUACAAUGAUGCUUCUUGUGCCAUAACAGUCCUGUCUGAUGUGUCUUUUAAGGGUAUGAAAGCAACACAGUUAAGAGUCAUUAGGCAAUUGCUAGUUUGACUUUAAAAUUUAGACAAUGUCUUCAAAAAUAUGAUGGGGGGGGAGAAUUGCUAUGAAGGUUUAACGGAGAUUACCAAAUUAAAAGUCUCAUGAGUUUAGCAAUUGUAAUGGGUUCUGCUGUUACACUCCAGAAUCAAAGUGAAUAGUUAGCAAUAGAUUGUGCAAAUCUAGUUAUUAGAAUCUUUAAUGCAACCCUGAAGUUACUGAUUUGAAAGUUAUCAACUUGAAAAAAAUGCUCUCUUUAAACCAGGACAGAAGACAAAGCUUUUAUAAAGGUGAAUCCAUUUAUUAACCCCCUUAACACUUGAAUAUAUUCCUUACAAUGUGAAAAAAAUCAAGAUGUUAUGUACAUUUUCCAGAAAAUUAAAUAUUGCUCAUCUUAGUUCUGUGUUGGUGUGCUUAACAUGUAAAGGAGUAAUAAAUGGACAUGUCAUCAGUCAUUAUUAAACUUCAUUUGUUAAUUGUU